UUUACUCGAACCAAGUUGGUGGACAUGCUCGACCUAGCUCAGCUCGUUAUCUCACUUGGCUAGAUUUUAGAAACCGAAGAGGAGAAUGUUGUAAUUUUGAAAAACUAUCAUAGAGUUUGAAAGAAAUGAAACAGCUGAGGGACGCAUCGGAGAUAACUGUAAUUUACAAGUGGCGGAAGCAAACUGAAAGAAUUCAGAACGAUCCGGAGAAGAAGAAGAAUUUGACAACUGAAAACGAAACAAAGAAAAAAGAGCAGUUUCGAAGUUAACAAAUUAAUCGUCGUCGAUUAGGUCAAGGAGGUAAUGGCGUUUCAUUCGACGAGCAUAGAUAAGGCGUUGAAUAUGUCUCCGUCCGGUGGUCCGAGAGGAAGUCCAGGUAAAGAGCAGCAAGCAGCCGGAGUCGGGAUACUCCUUCAGAUCAUGAUGCUUGUUCUCUCUUUCGUCCUCGGCCACGUCCUUCGUCGUCAUCGCUUCUAUUAUCUCCCUGAAGCCAGCGCUUCUCUUCUUAUAGGUUUACUCGUUGGUGCGCUUGCUAACAUUUCUGAUACCGAAACUAAUAUUAGGGCAUGGUUCAAUUUCCACGAGGAAUUUUUCUUCCUGUUUUUGUUGCCUCCCAUCAUAUUUCAGUCAGGCUUCAGCUUGGCACCUAAACCAUUCUUUUCUAACUUUGGAGCCAUUGUAACAUUUGCUAUUGUGGGAACUUUUAUAGCUUCAAUGGUUACGGGUAUCCUGGUUUACCUUGGCGGUGUAAUGUACCUCAUUUUCAGGCUUCCACUUGUUGAAUGUCUUAUGUUUGGUGCUCUCAUAUCAGCAACAGAUCCUGUUACUGUUUUGUCUAUUUUUCAGGAACUUGGCACAGAUACAAACCUCUAUGCCUUGGUUUUUGGAGAAUCUGUUUUAAAUGAUGCGAUGGCAAUAUCCUUGUACAGGACAAUGUCUCUAGUGAGAAGUCAUGCUUCAUCUGGGGAAGACUUCUUUAUGGUGAUUGUCAGGUUUCUUGAGACCUUUGUUGGCUCAAUGUCUGCAGGUGUUGGAGUUGGAUUUACUUCUGCUUUGCUCUUCAAGUAUGCUAGACUGGACAUUGACAACCUUCAGAACUUGGAGUGCUGUCUCUUUGUUCUUUUUCCCUAUUUCUCGUACAUGCUUGCAGAAGGCCUUGGGCUUUCUGGUAUUGUAUCAAUAUUGUUCACUGGAAUUGUCAUGAAGCAUUAUACAUACUCAAAUUUGUCAGAAAAUUCUCAGCGAUUUGUAUCAGCAUUUUUUCACUUGAUAUCAUCGCUAGCUGAGACAUUUGUAUUUAUUUACAUGGGCUUUGAUAUUGCCAUGGAGCAGCAUAGUUGGUCUCAUCUUGGAUUCAUCUUUUUCUCAAUUUUAUUCAUUAUAGUUGCAAGGGCAGCAAAUGUCUUUUCUUGUGCAUAUUUGGUUAAUUUGGUUCGACCUGCACAUAGAAAAAUUCCUGUGAAACAUCAAAAAGCUCUUUGGUACAGUGGACUUCGUGGUGCUAUGGCUUUUGCUCUUGCUUUGCAGUCACUUCAUGAUCUCCCAGAAGGACAUGGCCAGACUAUAUUCACGGCAACCACUGCCAUAGUUGUUUUGACAGUGUUACUAAUUGGAGGUUCAACUGGUACUAUGCUGGAAGCUUUACAAGUUGUAGGUGAUGGCCAUGAUCUCUCUAUGGGCGAAAACUAUGAGGGUAAUAUCUGUUAUGUAGCUCCCAGUUAUAAUGAUGAUUCUUAUAAUGAGGAAUCAUCAUCAGGGAACCGGUUCAAGAUGAAACUUAAGGAAUUCAAGAGCACGGCAUCAUUCAAAGCAUUAGAUAGGAAUUAUCUGACCCCCUUCUUUACAAGUCACAAUGGAGAUGAAGAUGAAGAUGAAGAUGAAGAUGAUGAGUUGGUGCCCAGUUCCAGAAGCAGCGGCUUCAAGGGCUGAUAGAUAAGUUGAAGAAGAAGAAUUAUAGACCAUUAGGAAAAAAUCAAUAUAGUAUAAGUGUGUGGAUAACAUAGAAGUUAGAAGAUGAUUGCAGUCCUAUCCAAUGCUACUUGCUAAUUGCCAAAAAAAGUAGAUAAAAAGCGUGAAUUAGAGCUGUGCACAUAUUAAUUAUGUGGAGGCCGAUACCAUGCUCUGCUACUGUUACUGAGUUAUACAACUACCACCACACUGAGAUUAUUGUACAAGAUCUAGUAUAUACAAAACAUAUUAUUCUUUUAACUUGCGUGAUCUAACAUGUAUAAUAUAAGAGGUUCCAUCGUGUUUGCA